UGCCAUGAAACAGACAAACACCGCCAUGUUGUUUGUAGUGUUUCUUGGGUUCAUGUCUUUCGGACAUGUCGUGCCUCAGUCUUUUGAAAUCAUGGAGGGUUUCCUAACAGAGAUUAACCAAUGUAAACAGAUCCGGGAUAAGUUUACGGAUCUGAAGACGGAAUUUUCCGAUAUGGAGAUCCGGGGAAUCCACAAGGACAUGCGCCUUAAGAUUCUGACGUCAGUGAACGCCAGGUUACGAGCGGAACUCCGCAGGGUCAUACAGACAAAUGACCUUCUCAAGGAUAAGCUGCGAGAAUUGGCACUGAAGCUGGGAGAAAUCAAGGAAGAUAACUCCGAGAUUCAAGUAAAGAACGUUACGGGGGAAGUCGGAGCAGGAGGUAAACAGAUCAGCUGCUCCGUGACCAAUCACAACAACUGGACGUACUUCAACAUCGAACGGAACGGCCAGACUGUGGUCCACUUGUCAAAUGAUGGGCGUGUCCAGACACGCUUCAACCCGAAAUAUCUCAGCAUCACGCCCACCAUUCGGGAGAAUCUGGCGGAGAUAACUAUUACGUUUUCCUCCCUCCGGUGUACCGAUGAAGGCUUAUACACAUGCGUGAUAGAGGGAAAGAAACCCCCACGAAACAUUGCUGUCGUUGUCACGUCGCCAUCGUCCGGUAAACCCACUCUAUCAAAAAUAGGUGACGUCAUCGGCUAUAAAGAUACUGAGUUCCGUUGUGAAGGAAAUCCGAUGUAUCCACGUGGGAAGAUGGAGUUUCAAGUUAAACUUCAGAAUGACACUUCCUUCCGGAACUUUGAAUUUCCGGCUGCGAAGGUGAUGAAUAGGGAUAGGAACUGUGUGAGGCAGCAGUCGAUCAGCGUUACACAUGUGUUUACCGAUAUCUGGGAUCAGGCCAGAAUACGGUGUAAAAUCAAACACUCGGAAGAUUAUGACGAGACGCAAGUGUUCGUGUUAUCACCGACGCUUUGUGGGCAGAACAUGAUUGGUCGGGGAAUACGACAUCCUCAUGAGAAGUCCCGCUACGUCACGUGUGAUGCGGCCACGCCCAUCGUGCAUCAGUGUCCAAUCAACACGUGCUUCGAUGACAUCUUCCAAACCUGUACUAAUAAUUGUAUCGAUUGAUUUACGACGUCCAACAAAAACAUACCAUCAGUUUACUUUAGUAUUGACGGUGUAGAAUAACCUGACAUGACUCACAUACGUAUACAAUUCAAUCAGGAUCAGAUUAUAAAGACAUGAGAUGGACGACUUAAGUACAAUGUAUAGCAUUUCUAUUUUGCACUCUACGCCUCGUACAAUUUAAUUUGGACACUCUGCAUGCAAGGGUUGUUCAAUGAACAUCGCCCAAUAUUAUGAGUACAUGUAGGUCAGUUUCCAGAGACAGUCUAACUUUGAGGAACUUCUUGUUCAAAUGAACAGACACUCAAUUGUCAGCGAGUUGACGACUUGGACUUCUAUAACUUAAUUCUCAGGUA